AUGACAGAGCUCUUGAAACGCUAUAAAAAUGGUCAGUUUCGUAAGAAACGACCCUUACAGCUAGAAAGUGAUCAAUCUUUCGCAAAUAAAAAGAAAAAAACUGAAAAAAUAUGUGUUUCCAACCCAGAACCAAUCAUAGAAGGCAGGAGAAUUGUUGACAUCAACAAAAUAGCUGUUGACAUGUGGUGUGAUGUCUGUGAUGAUGCCUUGUCAUUCCGAUUCAUUAAAAAUGAGGAUGUCGUUGGAUUAAGUAGUUUAUUUUCUAUUGAGUGUCACCGAUGUAAAAAAAUACACAUGAUCAAGACAUCGCCUCAAACUCCUACUGGUAAUUACGUGGUGAAUGGGAAAGCUGCCAUGGCAAUAUUAACAAGUGGAAUUGGCAUAACUCAUCUAAAUAGUAUUUUAGUAUACCUCAAUAUUCCAACAGUUUACCAUACUCUUCUGAAGAGAUAUGAAAGAGAGGUAGGUAUAAAUAUUGAAAAAGUUGCCAAAGAUAGUUGCAGGGAUAGUGUUGAGAUUGAAAGAAAUCUGACAAUAGCUCAUAACAGUUAUUCAAAGUCAUCUGAGCUUAUUUCUGAUGAUGAUAUUGUCGAAAUAACGGUGAGUGUAGAUGCUGGGUGGCAAAAGAAAGGAUCAGGCAGAACGUAUAAUAGUUUAACAGGUCAUUCAACAACUAUUGGUCACUUGUCAGGAUUGAUUCUAGGAUAUAGUACACGAAAUAAACGAUGUGCGAUGUGUCAAAGGGGUCAUGAGAAAGAUGACCAUGACUGUCGUGAAAAUUUCAGCGGAAGUUCGAAAGCAAUGGAGCCAGAUAUGGCUGUUGAAAUGCUUUUACAUAAUGAAGAUUUUGUAGCUCAACGAACUUUAACUACACCUGUUAUUCAAUAUCUAAAAUAUUGUUUUCGUUGUUCGUUAAAAAGUAAUCAGGGUAACGUUGAAACAAGUAGGCAAGCUUUACUCAAUAUCAUACCACAUGCAUUUGAUGAUCACACAAACUGUAAAGAAUGGUGUGGGUUUCAUAAAAAUCCUGAAAAGUAUGAGCACAAAUUACUUCCUGGUGGUAAAGGGUUAACUGGUGAUAAUUUAAAGUACUCUUUAGAAAAAAUUUUUAGAAAUUUUGCAAAUAAUGUAGAGCAGUUAGCACCUUGUGGUUCAAGUCAAGCAAACGAGUCUAUGAACAUGAAGAUUGCCAGCAAAGCUCCUAAGGCUCGUCACUAUGGUGGAUCAGAAUCUAAUGACUUUAGAGUUGCUACUGCUGUAUGCGAGAAAAAUGUAGGAUUUUGUUUUAUAAAAAAUUUUAACCAAGAAAUGGGUUACUCACCACCGACGAAACACUCCUUGAAAUUUUUAGAACAAAAAGAUAAUUUGAAAAGACUCCGGGCAGCAGAAACUAAUACUGUGGCAGCCAAAAAAAAACGUCGAGAACUUUUUACAUCUCGAACGAAAUCCAAUACUAAAGCACAAAACCGUGAAGGCAUUUGUUAUCAGUCGCAGAGUGGGUUAGAUAUUGGAACAGAAUUUGUUGAUCAGCCAGUUCCAAAAAGUUCUAUAACUAAAGAUGAAACUGUAGCAGCUGUCUUCUUCGAUCUCGAAACUACAGGUUUCGGGCAAUCCUGUGAAAUAAUUCAAAUUGCUGCCAUGUAUAACGAUACUGAGUAUAAUGUAUAUAUUCUACCAACAAGAGGAAUCCCUCCCAGUGCAUCGGCUGUUACUGGUCUUACUACAAACGGUGGCAAAUUAUUCUUAUUAGGAAUUGAAGUUGAGACUGUAUCUGCUAAGUUGGCUACAGAAGGACUUUUAUCUUUUUUAAAGUCAACAAAACAAAAAAAUAUUUUGAUUGCACACAACUGUAUAAGAUUUGAUGCUCCAUUAAUUAUUAGGCUCAUGAAACAGGUGGAUUUAUUAACAGAGUUUAGAGGUAUCGUCAGUGGAUUUUGUGAUACCUUGCCAUUGUUUAAAUCUAAAUUACCUGAACGAAAAUCCAAAAAAUUAAGUUUUAAACAAUCUGCAUUAGCAGAAGAAUUUUUAGAAGCAGAUGAUUUAAAAAAUGCUCAUAAUGCAAUCAAUGAUGUAUCAGUUCUUCAGAAAUUAGUUUAUCACGCUAAAAUUAAGAUCACUCACGAUGAGUUGAAAUUAAAUACAGUGACAAUUAAUUAUAUUGCAUAUUUACAAAGUAAAUCAAAUAUAACUAAUAAAUUGUUAUCUGAACUACGUGUACUAGUGAAAUCCGUCACUAAAAACAACUCUCACGAUAAUAAAAAUAGUAAGAAAAAUAGUAGUGGUUUAUCUGCCAAUAUGGCAUGCAUUGCAUGUGGGUGUCUCACCAACAGCCACCACGAGUCCUACCUCACUCGGCCCCCCAUUCCUGCCAUCCCAGGAAAUAAAGAGACUCUGACCGAAAUGGGGCUUGGAAAUGGGGCCCCCAUGGUACCAGACUUCAGCUCUGGUGAACUGCUUGCUUAG